AAUUAGAGAUCGUCUUCACCCGGUCCAGACCGCCAGUACGUGUCAGGCUGCCGCCCGUCUCACGGAGUCAUUCUUUAGGUUUUCAAAACUUCACACCUUUCUCGCUCUCUUUCUUCGGUAACCUCACUCACUACCUACUGAUCAACUAUGGCUCCAGGAAAUGACCCGGACCCGAUAGUCCUCCACCAAACACAAUCGGGCGAAAGAGAGCCUGCAACUCCCGAGCUUGCUCCAGAUUCCGGCGUAAAAUGGCCAAGCAUUCCCAGUCCGAAACUGCCUCCGAUGAACGAGUCCGGUUGGCCCAGCGUGUGGUUCCCACCAAAGUCUGAACCGCGUGUGCUAACCCCCGAAGAGCAGGCGCGGUUGGCUGAUGACCAGGCUCAACAAGCUGCAUUGGAAGUCGUGAUUGAAUUCCUUAACAAUACAGAUGUUGCCGACGACGACGAUUACGACGAGGAAUACGAUGAAUACAUGGACGCAAUCAAGUACGAGAACGGUGACAUCGAUGAGGUGAUAGAGGAAAAAGAGCGCAAAAGGUUCGAUUUUUUUGUGAAACUGUUUGAGGAGGACAGGGUUUUGAUGGAUUAUUACGAGAAGAACUGUGCUGGUGGAGAGUUCAGAUGCCUGGUCUGUUUUGCUGUGCGGGAAAAAGGUUGGAAGAGGUUCAAGGGCUGUGCGGCUUUAGUUCAUCAUUGUCUUUCCAUAGCAAAGACCACAAAGAGGAAGGCUCAUCAAGCUUUAGCGGAGUCUAUUUGUAAGGCGCUUGGGUGGGACAUCAAUAAGCUCAUUCACUCUUCAAAUAAAUCUGCUGAGGCUCCGGGCAACAUUGACAACUAUAGUAAAGAUGGCUUGGACCUCUCUGGCAGUACAGCGGACAUUGCGAAUGAUAAUACUGGCAAAGUAUCUGGAAAUGAGAACAAAAGUGGUGGUCAAUCUGAGAUCAAUGCAUUGGCCAAGGGUGACAAUAGCAAGCAUAUUGAUAUUCUCAGCUGUAGCAUUCAAGAUGUUGAAUCUGCUAAUACGAAGGGCUCCCCAAAUGGCCAGGACCGCACACAUGCACAUUCUGAUGCUGCUCAGCCUGCUCUUGAUUUGGAUCAUCAAGAGGACAAAGUUCCCGCUGACCUCAAUGAAGACAAAGUUCAUAACUGACUAGGAAUAGGAGUUUUUUGCUGUGAAGUUGAUGCCAGACACUUGUUAGUUUCUCUCUUGUCAAGCAAGUGUUUCUGGCCUAAGAGUGGACAUUAGUAUUUUCAGGCCAUGGUCAGUAGGCCAGUAGUAAUCUUCUGUAAGAUGCAGAUUCUCAAAAAGUGUUCCCAGGGUGCUGGAAAUGUUAAUGUGAAUGACAUUGGAAUGUCCUUUUAAAAUAUCCAGUUCAGUUAUGAACUGUUCCCCAAGGGUCAUGAAGCAUAAAUCUGGACACUUAUCUCCAG